UACAUAAAGCGUACAUGAGAAUUGCGAAAGAACGAUGGAUGCGCCGUAGCAGCAUAGGCUGGGCAGUAUCGUCUCUGUGAUGCGAUGUGGGGUUGCAAUGUUGUGACGUCAGGGCGUAUAUUCUCGUGACAAAGUGCUUGCAUUGAGACGCUGCUUGAGUACCCGACGUUGCACGAUCUUGUUGCUCCUGCGGUCAGCUCACGGUCAUUUGGCUUUGCAAACAAGCAUGCUAUUCGUAUGCUUAGCCGCCGUCGGUUUGAUCAGCAGCGCCCUCGCCAGCGCCGUCCAUGGGUCGGCAGGAUCAGGCCCGACACAUGUAGAGCCUGGCGGGUAUGGUCCUGCGCACCCGUGUACGGUCGCUGUCUCGUACAAGGGCAAGACAUUGUUUGACGUGACUUUUGACCUGGCUUGGGCCUUGCCUGGCACCAGCAUGCUCGGUGUAAUUAAAAAGACAAUGCCAGUCACGCUCGAUUCUAACGGCCCCGCAGAGUAUGCAUAUCGACCAGUGGAGCUCGAAAGAUGCCAAAUUCAACGGUCAAGGGUAUUCUGUCGGCUUGCGCUACGAUGUGAUUACUUGUGCGCCGUCGCAAGUCCCCUUGAUUUGCGCAACCUGAAUUUUUGCGCAGUCUCCAACGCCGACGACUCGAUCGAUGUUUUCUUCUAUCGCAAGCCUGGCGUGGGCGAGAUGGUGAGCUUCGGCGUCUCGCCGCAUUUUGCAGGAUAUAGCUAUUUUGACGGAGUGCGUUUCACUUCGUUCCGGGCGUGCUUGAGCUGACCCGCGAACAGUAUGUCUUCCAAUAGUACGUCUCUGUGACAACUCCGUUGACACGCACUGACUGGGUCUCGCAGCUCGAUGAAGCUCAGCGGAGAGUCGAUACAGCUUUUCAAGGGUUGAGUGUGUUUAAUGCACCGCUGUACGUAGCCGCUGACCUGCCGAUGAGGCUUAUGCGCAAUGGACUUUCGUGUCGAAAGCUCGGGUAGUGUAGAGGUUAUAAAGGUUGCUAUCUCCGGCAAACCGGUGACUGAUUCACAAGUGAGAUGGAGAGCGAUGUCUCGCGCCUCCAACAACAUCCUCGGAGAGGAUCCACCUC